CGUCUGGCUCUGCGGCGCUGGGGCAAGAUGGCUGCUGAGAAACAGGUUCCCGGUGGCGGCGGCGGCGGCGGCGGCAGCGGAGGCGGCAGUGGCGGUAGCGGUGGUGGACGCGGUGGCGGAGGAGAGGAAAAUAAGGAAAACGAACGGCCUUCAGCUGGAUCGAAGGCAAACAAAGAAUUCGGGGAUAGCCUGAGUUUGGAGAUUCUUCAGAUUAUUAAGGAAUCCCAGCAGCAGCAUGGUUUACGGCAUGGAGAUUUUCAGAGGUAUAGGGGCUACUGUUCCCGUAGACAAAGACGUCUUCGGAAAACACUCAACUUCAAGAUGGGGAACAGACACAAAUUUACAGGGAAAAAAAUAACUGAAGAUCUUCUGACUGAUAACAGGUAUUUGCUUCUGGUUCUGAUGGAUGCUGAACGAGCCUGGAGCUAUGCCAUGCAGCUGAAACAGGAAGCCAACACUGAACCCCGAAAACGGUUCCACUUGUUGUCUCGCCUGCGCAAAGCCGUGAAGCACGCAGAGGAAUUGGAACGCUUGUGUGAGAGCAAUCGCGUGGAUGCCAAGACCAAGUUAGAGGCUCAGGCUUACACGGCUUACCUCUCAGGAAUGCUGCGUUUUGAACAUCAGGAAUGGAAAGCUGCGAUUGAGGCUUUUAAUAAAUGCAAAACUAUCUACGAGAAACUCGCCAGUGCUUUCACAGAAGAGCAGGCUGUGCUGUACAACCAGCGUGUGGAAGAGAUCUCACCCAACAUCCGCUACUGUGCAUAUAACAUUGGGGACCAGUCCGCUAUCAAUGAACUCAUGCAGAUGAGAUUGAGGUCUGGGGGCACUGAGGGUCUUCUGGCUGAAAAAUUGGAGGCAUUGAUCACUCAGACUCGGGCCAAACAGGCAGCCACCAUGAGUGAAGUGGAAUGGAGAGGGAGAACGGUUCCGGUGAAGAUCGACAAAGUGAGGAUCUUUUUAUUGGGAUUGGCUGAUAACGAAGCAGCCAUUGCCCAGGUGAGGGGCAGCUGCCCAUUCCCUCUUCCGUGUGUGUCUGAAGUUGUCCUUGUGUGUUUACGAUGUAGAUGGGUGUUCAUUUCUCACAAAGCAAAAAUUUGUCUUAAUGCUAUUUGAGAUUUGGUCACCAAA